AUGAGCGGCCUAUAUGUUCAGAGUUUGCACAUUUCUUCAGUUAAGCUGAAUGCAAACCGUCUUGUUAUUGGCACACUUCGGGGAUUCGACCAGUUCAUGAACCUGGUGAUCAACAACACUGUGGAUGUUAGUGGAAAUUACAACACCCAUAAUGGAAUGGUGUUUAUUAGGGGAAAUCGUGUUGUCAUGAUCGAGGCAUUGGAGCUAAUUUCCAAGUCACAGUGAGUCAUUGUUCUCC